CCCCCGAGUGGAAGCCUUGCCAGGACGUGACGGGGGACAUCUACUAUUUCAACUUCUCCUCGGGACAGUCCACGUGGGACCACCCCUGCGACGAGCACUACCGCCGCUUGGUGGCCCAGGAGCGCGAGCGCGCCCAGCUUACGACCGCCACAGGAGGUGGAGGCGCGAAGAAGGACAAGAAGAAGAAGAAAGAAAAGAAGGAGAAGAAAGAGAAAAAAAAGAAGGAGCCGCUCAAGACUCCUGGAGCGAGUGAUAUUUUCCCACAGAUUUCAUUUUGUUGUUGUUGUUUUGUCCUUUAAUCCACCAUAUGAAUGUUUUGUUGCUUAGAGACCUCACCCUCACACCUCGUAAGCUAUUUAAAUGAGUAAAUAAGCAAAAAGAUGACCAUCAACAUUUUCUGUUUGACUUGAUUGCUAAAUUCUCUGUAAUGAUGCGUUUGUGUACACUGUGUAAAACAUCAUCAUUAACAUAGAACCAUGAAAAGCUGUUUUUAAAAUGCCCAAUCUAAAUGGAAUUCAGUAUCUGUGUCUUUAGUGAUUGAAAAUGUUAGGUCAGGUUGCUCAGUUCUCUUACGGUGUCUUUUUGUCCCACAGGCGCUGAGUUCCUCUCUGGGACGCCUACCGUCCCCUCUGGGCAGCCUGGCUCCUCUCAGAGGUCUAGACGCCCCCGGCCCGGCCCCCCUGUCUGGCUCUGCUCCCGCUCUCCGGCGCACCCUCGGGAGCUCCGGGGGACUGGAGCCGCUAAAGACAUCGCUUGGGAGCCUUCAGGGCAGUGGAGCCUCAAGUGUUUUGGGCAACAGGAAGGAGGAGCGAGUGUCGCUCACUCUGCCUGGCUUUGAUGAUGAUGAAGAUGAUGAUGACAAUGAGGAUGGGAAAAUCUCAGAAAACGAGCCAAGUCCUCGUGGUUCAGACCGGUUAUUGAAGAACCUUCACCUGGACCUGGAUGCACUCGGAGGAGGCCUUCAGUAUGAGUGAAGCCAGUGGCGGAGCUCCAGCUGAGGAGAGGACAGAGCCAGAGUUGCAGGACUUGGCUCUAUCAGGAGACCACAGUCCUGAACCACCAUCCCAACAGGAGUCUCUGAGGGGCCGCCACCUCCACCUGUCCUCACUGAGGGGCAGCAGAAACCACGUCAGUGAGGAGGUGGCCCGUCCUGAACCCUCUGCUGAACAGGAAAUAGAAAAAGAGUUAACUGAGGUGGUGGAGGAGGAGGAGGAGGAGAAGGAGGAUGUUCAGGUAGAAAAGGGAGAGGAUGAAGCAGGAGGGGAAGCAGAGGAGGGAGGGACGGAGGAGAGAGGAGAUAAGGAAGAUAGGGAUGAGGAAAAAGUCAAAGAAGAGGUGGAUGAGAUGCAGGAUGAGCAGGGAGGAAGUAAAAGGUCUAUAGAAAGCAAGAAAGAAUUGGAUGAGGAAGAGAGCGACGAGAUAGAAGUGGAAUGCUGCGAAGGCGGUGAUGAAGAGUCCGAAAACAUUGAACACAGUAAACAGCAGGAGAGCAAUGAAAGAGAGGAAAGGGUCAGUGAUAAGGACUGUUGUGCUGAAGGGGAGGGUUUAAAUAAAGAGAAAGAAGAGGCGAAGGAAGAGGUGCAAGCAGAAGAAGAAGAUAAAUAUGAAUUUGAGGACGGUAGCGAUGAAGAUUUGGAGAAAUCUUCCAAAAGUGGUCAAGAUGUUGGAAGUGAAAAGGAGGAAAAAGAGGGGGAUGAGCUUGAGAAAAGCGUAGAUAUCGAAGAAGGGCAGGAGGAGAGCGAGGAGGAGAUAGAUGGGAAAAGGGAGGAGGAGGAGGAGGGUGAGAACGAUGAAGCUUUGGAGAGAUGCUCCCUGAGCCAGAGGAACGUGACAGAGAGCGACGAGGUGCUAGAGAGAUGUGGACAGAGUGUAGGAGAAACAGAGGGGGAGGAAGAGGGGGAGGAAGAUGGGGAGGAAGAGGACGUAUCAGAGGUCCAAAAGCCCCAAACUUCAUCGGAGAGUGAGGAGGAAGUCGUGGAGGUGUUUGAGACCGGAACGGCUCUGAGUGAUCGUAAAGCGCUUGACCAAAAGAGAAAAACUCUCAGUGGCAAGACGGACAAUGGGACAAAAAGAUCCCUCAUUCCUGCAGAGGAGUCUGAAGCCAGUGAGAACGUUGAGGAGGCUUCAUCCUCCAUAGAUGUCAAGCUUUCCGAAAAGAUUCUGGACCUGUCCGGCACUGUCAGUUCUCUGGAGAGGGAGGAGACAAAAGAGGAAGAGAAGAAAGAAGGAGGAACAAAGACAAAGAAGGCAGAGGUUGCAAAGAGGAUUUUGCAGGAUUCUAGCAAAGACAACCCUUCAGCGUCUAAAGUGGACCGACUCGUCCUCCACCAGUCCAGCCCCUCCCUCUCAAAUUCUUCUCUUUCGGAGCAAGGCGUCGGGCUACAUCCAAAAACGGAAAGCCUCGGCACCUCUUUGGUCAUACAAAGGCCGGAAACCUCCAGAGGCCGGCUGUCCCGCACCUCCAACACCCAACUAGACGAUGAUGAAGCCUUCUUCAAAAUCCAAAAGAGCCCAAGGGAAGAGGAGCCAAGCUGGAGAGUCAGAAGAGACAGAGAGAAGAAAGACAGGGAGAAUGAGGAGGAGGAGGAGAGAAGGAGAGAGGAAAGGAGCCUGAAAGAGAGGAAGGAGGAGAGGGAGAGGUCUAAGGCUGACAUAGAGGUGGGGGAGGAGAGGGAGAAGAGAAUGCUUCUCCUUCAGGAGGAGCUGAGGAGAGAAGAGGAGGAGGAGGAGAGAAGGAGAGAGGAAAGGAGCCUGAAAGAAAGGAAGGAGGAGAGGGAGAGGACUAAGGCUGAGAUAGAGGUGACGAAGGAGAAGGAGAAGAGAAUGCUUCUCCUUCAGGAGGAGCUGAGGAGAGACGAGGAGGAGGAGAGAAGGAGAGAGGAAAGGAGCCUGAAAGAGAGGAAGGAGGAGAGGACUAAGGGUGAUGUAGAGGUGGGGGAGGAGAGGGAGAAGAGAAUGCUUCUCCUUCAGGAGGAGCUGAGGAGAGAAGAGGAGGAGGAGGAGAGGAAGCUGAAGGAGGAGAGUGAGAAGAGACUAAGUGCUCUGCGGCAGCGCCUCCUGUCCAAGAGGAGAGAGGAGGAGGCCACGCUGAACCAGGAGUCUGAGAGGACGCCGGAGGAGAUCAGAGAGUCGGCCAAGGAGGAGAGGGAGAGACAGCAACGCAAACUCAGGGAGGAGAGCGCGGCCAUGCUGAAGGAGUUACACAUCACUCUGGAGGAGGAGCGAGGAGUGGAGCGCGACAGACUGGAGGCGCAGAGGAGGCGGGACAUCGAACGUCUCCAGGAAGAGUCUGAAGAGGAGCUGCAGGCGGAGAAAAGGAGACUCCAGGGAGAGAGGGAGGAGAAACUGACCUCUCUGAAACACGAGGUUAAAAUCACAGAGCGGAGGAGGGAGCUCAUGAGUCCACGUCCUGAACUGCAACUGGCAGAGUACCACAGAGAGCUAGGUGAUGUUCUCCAGGAAGUGCGGGAGGAAGUGCAGCGUGAUCACGAGAGGAAGCUGGAGCAGCUGAGGGAGGACCACAGGAGAGAGAUGAACUGCAUCCGAGAGAAAUACAUGGAUGAGGAGACGGCGCAGAGGGCGCGCUUACUUUCUUCACUGCAGGAAGACCGAGAGCAGCUCCAGGCCUCGCACGCUGUCCAACUGGAGAAACUCCGCUUGCAGCUCAACACACAGAUUCAGAAGACACAGCUGACACACUCGCGCAAGGAGUCAGAACUGGAGGAUCUGACAGAUAAGAUGGAGCUGAGAGCCAAAGAACUGAAGAGCCAGGAGGCCAUGCUGCAGAACAAGGCAGCAGAUCUGAAGAGGAGGAGGAGGAAACUUGGGGAGGAAGAAGAGGAAGUGGACAGGCAGAUAGAGACCUUACCCCGGCUGAUGCAGGAGAGAGAGCAGCUGACGGAGGAGCUGGAGAGGAUGAGAGAGGAGAGGCAUAAAGCCAGAGAACUCCUCCAGAGAGCCAGGGAGGAGAAGAGUGAGGCCAAGCAGGGGGAGGAGAGGCUGAGGGAGGAGGGGGAGAGAGCCAGGGAGGAGAGCAGGAGGAGCAAGGAGGACAAGGGGCGACUGGAGAGCAAGGUGGCGCUGCUGCAGGAGAGAUGCGACCGUCUCACUCGCAGAGCCAGUGAGCUGGAACCAGGCGAAGGAGUGAGUGCCUACCCGAGAGCAGAGGCUAAACGGGACAAGAAGAAGGCAGAGAGAUCUGAGGUCACAGCGCCCCCCAGUGACAGGAGAGACUCCCCGCUGCAUGUAGAAGACCUGGACGACCCCCCCCUCUCCCCUGUCCCCGACAGCACCAGCAGCGUGGACGAUGUUCGACGCUACAUCUCCUCACAUGGCGCAUCCAUCCAAAAAACCAAACAGUUCCUGGAUAGGGAGAGCAGCCGGCUGAUGGAGAGACAGGCAGCUCUGCGGGCGGCCCAGAACGGCUCCUCCCAGGACCCCAACCAGGGAGGAGGGGUGACUGAGGAGAUGAUAAGAAACCUACAGCAGGAGAGCAGGAAUGUUCUGGAACUGCAGCGGACGGUUCAGAGGGGGAACUCUCUGCUGCGGAGGAAAGAGGAGCAGCUCCAGCAGCUGGAGGGCUCUCUGGCUGAAGAGCCGCUGUUUGAGGAUCUGUCUCGGCUGGCAGGAGAGAGGAAGGUGACCUUUGAUGUGACUGACUCUGACCUCAGCAGCACGUUGGACCCCCCGGACGGACCAGGAGGUCAUCCUAAUGUCCCGGACAAAGUGCAGGAGUUAGCAGAGUCCCUGCAGCAGAUCUCAGGCCAGCUCAACAGCGUGCUGGGUGCGCUGGGUUCACUCGCAGAGAGGCAGAGCGCCCCCCCCCUAUACACACUUCUCUCUGUCUCAAUCUCACUCAUCCCCAGCUCCCCCCUCCACCUCUGCCCCCGUGUUCCCCCAGAUGCACCCCCUUGGCCACAGCUCCUCGGUCCCCCCUCCAUCGACGCCCUGGAGCUGGGCCCCCCAGGGCUCCUCCACAGCCACGCCUUUCUUCAGCACCCCCGUCAGCAGUGGGCUGAGGGCCUCCGAUGACCUCAUCAACAGCCGGUGGAGCCAGAUAUUCCCCGGAGCAGCUAUGGAUCCACUCGCCUCCACCAUGGGAGCAGCCUCUGCGUACUCAUCAUACACUCCUGCUAGCGACCAUGGUCGGAGCCUGCGGUCUGUGCAGAAGUCUGUGGAGGUGGACGGCCAGCGGCUGCAGGGCCUGAUCGACGGAAACAAGAGGUGGCUGGAGAUGCGCAAGAAAGACACCAGCAUACCUCUGUUCACUCGCUAUCGGGCUCCUUCCACAAAGAGCAGCCUGGUGCAGCUUGGCCUUGACGAUAACAACCAGAUCAGAGUGUAUCAUUACUGAGGACAUGAGAGGUCAGUGCGGUUGCACUGUGACUGUCCUGAGGACUUUGGAGCGUUAGUAACUGACAGCUCAGCUUUGUGACGUUUACACGCGGGGUGAGUGCGGCGGACAAUUCAGGGAGAAAUAUGUCACUGAGGCCUUAGGACCUUUAUCCUCCACAUGAUAUACGGCUUAAAGCACUUCCAACGCCACGUUUACAGAUUACAGCUCCAUGCCAGACUUGGGCCAAACUGUUUUCAAAUGGUUACGUUUACUUUAAUGUCCAGACAAUGACAAGGAAUCAUUUACUGAACUAUGUAUACUUGUUUUACUGAGACCAUCCCAAACACCAUCCAGUUUAUCUCCAUGUUCUGAACCCAUUUGUCGGACAUAAAACUACAAAGUAGAGCUUUUAGCUGCACACAGGUCAAUAUUCAUUUCAUGUCAGGUUACAUUUGUAUUUAUGACACUCCUUUGAAAGUGACUUCUAAGUGUAUGUUUUAACUAAUUAUUUUAGAUAUGGUUGUUUUAGUAUGUCAGAAGCCAAUCCACUUUUAUUUUACAUUUGUUACUUUCUGUAUGAAUGUAAGAUAGAAACAUAUCUGUUGUGCGUAUUUAUGUGUUGAUAAUGCUGUAUUUUUGUAUAAAAUAUUUUAAUAAAUCUACUUUUAUAUAUA